AUGCAGCUGCACACGGCACGCUCCGAUCUGCACACGGCACACUCCGUUUUGCACACGGCCCCCUUCUCCUCCCUGCCCCUCAUCCUCCUCCAUCUCCUCUCCUCCUGGCUGCUGUUGCCGGGUUACCGCAGCUUCGGCCGCCUCAUGUGCGGCUUCCGCCUCCUGUCGUCCGAGUUUCCAUGGCAACACUGGUUCAUCGCCCAGACGGUGUUCGUCAGCCCGGUCUUCGCUUUCCUCAUGAUCCUGACCCUCCCCCUCACCGUCCUGGGAUGGACUCUCCGGAUGCUGACCUCACCCUUCAGGAGCCCGUUUGUGUACUGCAGUUCCCCGGAUGUUCCCAGCCCGGAGGAGGUGGGUCUCAAACCGAAGUUCUCCCUCUGCACCACCAACCUGUGUCUGCUGCCGGACGCCUGCGCCAGGUUCAACAACCUGAGCGAUGGCUACUGGCGAGCGGGGGAGAUCGCAUCACGGAUUGUCUCAUCCCAGGGGCAGGGGGGGAACCUCGCCCCUCCCCCCGGCUACACCCCCUCCAAGGGACGGGGGAACCUUGCCCCUCCCCCCACCCAGAAUGGCCAGCCGAACGGCCCCCUGCACGGGGAGACUCCCUACAACCUCCGGUCCCGAAAAAGCGUGCGACCCGCACCCCAGAAUGCCUUCCCACCGCCGGACAAGGAUCAGUUCUCACACGAGGUGGAGUCGCAGUUCCCGGCGCUGGACUUCCUCUGCUGCCAGGAAGUGUUCGACCAGGACGCCACGCGAAGGCUGGUUGCCGGGCUACGCCAGCAUUUCGGCCACGUCAUCUACGAGCCAGGCAGGUGGAGUUGGAGCACGAACAUUUGGGCGUUUCACAGCGGGCUGCUGUUCGCCAGCCGCUAUCCGGUCCUCGCCGCCGAGUUCCGGCCCUUCUCCGCAGCCCGCAAACAGGACAGGUGGGCCGCCAAGGGCGCACUCAUGGUCAAGGUGUUCCUCGGGAGGACCCAGGACGGGCGAGACGCUGUAGGUUACAUCACCACUACACACAUGCAGUCCUACCAAGGUCCGUUUGAGAUCCUCCCGCGGCAGCUAGACGAGCUGUUGACGUGGACGGAGGACUUCCGGUGCCGGACGCUCGCCAGCGACGACAUCCAGGCAUUCGAUAUCCUGUGCGGGGACUUCAACUUCGACAACAUGUCACCAGGUGAGAAGACUGCACGGGAACACCCCCUGAUGGAGAAGUAUGUGGACGUGUGUAGGGCCGGACCGGGCAGGGACAAGCCGUGGACAAUAGGUACGGAGCUUCGGCAGUGCACGUUCUGGGAGACUUCCAUCUCGACUCCGGAGAAGCUGCGUGCAGCGCUGCGGAGCAGGCGGUUGCAGGCGCGGUACCUGCUGGACGGAGACGUGACCGACGCGAACAUGGACAUGGUGUGGAGCGUGCCGGAGUCGCCGGCGGAGGAGGCGGACGUUCCCGACAUCGCGGGGCGGCGCCGGAUAGACUACGUCAUGUACCGGCCAGACGGGGGGCGGGGGGAUGUGUGUGUGGAGAGGUACACCCUGGUGACGCAGCUGGCCAGACUGACGGACCACAUCCCCGUCUGCCUCACCUUCAACACAGCCGUCAGCUGAAGCUCACCUACCGACACUCUCAGGAACUGCAGCUCCUACCGACAUUCUCAGGAACUGCAGCAAAGACUCUGGUUACCAAAUCAUGGCCCAAACUAGCAAAUCAGACUCCAUAUUCAGGGUCAAAUGACAAGAUUUUACCUUUAUGUGCAAUCUACUGCAAAUCCAUCUUUUACGCACAUAACAAUCUGAUAGCCUUGCAAUGUAAGCAUGAGUCACUGGGUGCUGGAACUUACAUUCAAGUUCAAGUUGACAAUCAGACGUUGCUGAUAUCAUACUUUUAUGUGCAAUCUACUAAUAAGUUCCUUCGAUUUAAACACAACUCAGCA